AUGUCUAACCUCUUCGCCAAUAUAUCGUCCGAAAUUAGACACCUCAUAUGCCAGUCACUGUUGCCAACCGACCUGACAAAGGUGGGUUCCUCAUCAUGA